UUGAAGUCUGAGAGGUUUGAGUUGAGGAUGGACAUGAGGCAGAGAAGAGCCGACGAACAAAAGAGACGAAAUAUCUGGAAAAAAUGAAAACUCUUCUCGUCAAAUAAGGAAUUAUUUUGUUUUCAGAGACACACAAAGGACAUUUAACCAGCUGUUUUCUUUCCCAGCAUUACAUUUUCCAGAAGGAUUUGUUCUCCGCUGAAGAUCACAAAUAUAAAAGAGAAGGAUAUUUUCUGAAAUCUACCUUCAGUAGUGAAUCUAAACUCACAUCUUCUACCUCAGCCUCAGGAUUAUGGUGGAGUUUGCUCCGUCUGAGAAUCUGAAGGAGGAUAAAAAUGCUGAAAUGUAAAGUUCAUAGUUAUCUCUGCUCCCUGUGGUUCACCUCACUGCUGCUGCUGCUGCUCCAGGAUGUGAGCAGAGCCGCUCCCACAGAGGACCAGUCCGCCCCAUGUAGCAUCUCUGCAUCUGACCCGGUGUCCGGCCUGGACUCCAUAUCACUGACUGUUCACACACCUGGACGGGACUGCUCCUUCGCCGUGACGUCACUGGACUCCGGAGCAGACAACGCCGAGUGUAAAAGGAGAAGAAGAGGAGACGAGGAGGUGGAGACUAAUGAGAUCGGAGGCCGGGAGCGAGGAGAGGAGGAGGAGGAGGAGGAGGAAGAGACGGGAGCUAACUCUCUGGGAACCAACCAGCUAGGAGUCGAGGACGGAGGAAACAAGGGAGCCGGAGAUGUUUUCACCUGUGUGCUGGAUCACCUGGAGCCGGGCACCGCCUACCAGCUGCAGGUUCGAUCCCAGAAAGACGAGGAGACGUUGAACGUCACGCUGCACACCAGGCCGUCGGCGGUGAGCGGCCUGGCAGUGACCUCCAGGACCUGCUGCAGCCUGGGUCUUUCCUGGCAGGCCGGCCCCGGCAGGACGGAGCGCUUCAGGCUGCAGCUGUGGGAACCUCCUCAGAGUCUGCUGAAGAACGAGACGUUAGAGAGCACGACGACACAACACACACUCCACGACCUGACGCCCGGGAGACUGUACAACGUUACCGUGGUGACGGAGGCCGGCGAUCUGCAGAACAGCAGGAUGGUCGAGGCCCAGACAGUUCCCUCUGCUGUUUCAAACCUCACCACUGACUUUAGCAACAGCACGAGCUUGCUGUUGUCAUGGCAACGGCCCAAAGGUGACCUGGACGCGCUCAUUGUCACCCUCUUCUCGACCAAUGGCACGAGCCGCUGGGAGACGACGCUUCCGUCGGACGCCACAGAGGUCGCCAUCCAUCAGCUGACCCCCGGCUCGACCUAUCAGGUGGCAGUAACGUCCAGGAGUGGCGAGCUGACGAGCCAAUCGGAAAGCACCGUCAGCACAGCUCCAGCAGCGGCGUCCCUCCUCUCGCUGUCUCCCUCCUCCUCCGGAGACCUCCUCCUGUCUUGGACGCCCCCUCCUGGCCACUGGGAGAGCUACAGGCUGUUCCUGUUCGACGGCUUCCAGCAGUUAGUCAACACCACUCUGGACCGUGAGGCGGUGAGGUUCGUCUUCCCUGGGACGGGUCUAACGCCUGGGAGGACGUAUAGAGCCGUGGUGAUGGUGGAGAGCGGAGGACUGGCGGCUGAGAGCAGCUGUGAAGGAUCAACAGCUCCUGCUCCGGCGUUGGACCUCCACAUUCGACACUCGGACGAGACCUCGCUCAGCGCCAUGUGGAGCCACGCCCCCUCUGGGUCACGUGACAGCUACUUCCUCACCAUUAGCCACGAUAACGCCACCGUGGACACCAGGGAGGUGGAGCCUAACAUGAGGGAGUGCACGUUCAACAUCCUCACACCUGGGAGACGCUACACCAUCACUGUGACAGCCAGGAGCGGGAAACUGAACACAUCUGUGUCUGUGGAGGGAAGGACAGUUCCCAUGGCGUUGCAAGCCAUCACUCUGAGGAGCUCAGGAGUCGACAGCCUCCAGGCAUCAUGGGAGAAACCACCAGGGGGCGUGGACUUGUACAUACUGACGCUGCUGCAAGACAGCGCUGUGGUUCAGAACGUCAGUGUUGCAGUCGGUUCUUCCUCUCUGCUGCUCUCUGGUUUGACGCCCGGCGCCCUCUACAGGCUGCAGGCUGCCACUGUCAGCGGGGGGCUGCAGUCUAAAAGCACCAGGCUGGAGGGACGCACAGACCCAGCAUCCGUGUCCGAGGUAACCGUUGCUAACGGCGGCAAAUCGGACGCUCUGCAUGUGUCAUGGCGUCCGGCGGUGGGCGUGGUGGACAGUUACCUGGUCCGUCUUCAGGAGCGGGAUGAAACCGUCCACACGCUCGCCGUGUCGCGCUCCUCGCCGCCCGAGUGCUCCUUCAGCUCGCUGGUCGCCGGGCGACUGUACUCGGUUGUCAUAGUAACGAGGAGCGGCAGCCUGGAGAACUCCACCACGGUUCAAGCACGAACACAACCUGCCACUGUGCAAAACCCAACAGCUGUUCACUCUGCAAGAGACGACUUCCUUAAGGUGUACUGGCGUCACGCGGCAGGAGAUCUGGACCGUUACGUGGUUCUGAUCCGCUACAACCACAGCGUCCUGCAGAACAAGAGCGUCUCCACCGGACACAGCGAGUGCGACUUCUCGUCCCUGACGCCGGGAAGACUCUACACCGUCACCGUGGAAACCUGGAGCGGAGGCUACGUCAGCAGCGUCUCCACCGACGGACGCACCUUUCCAGCAGCUGUUGGAAAUCUGUCGCUAGGCAACGCAGGGACAGGUGAUCUGACUGUGGCCUGGAGCCCCGCCCAUGGAGAUGUGGACCAUUAUGAGGUCACUCUGCUCUUCAAUGACACUCGGGUUUUCCCUCCGGUCACGUUGGGCAGCGAGUUGCGGCGUCACCGGCUGACCUCUCUGACCCCCGGGCGUCUCUAUAAGAUCGUGGUGUCGACGUUCAGCGGACCAAACCAGAGAGCGCAGUUCAUCGAGGGACGGACAGUUCCCAGUCCAGUAGGAAACCUCCACAUGGCUCCUCAACGUGGUCUGAAGGACUCUGCUGGUGGACUCCUGGUCACCUGGACCCCCGGACACGGAGACCUGGACAUGUACAUCGUCUCCUUGACGACCACGGACGGCGUCGCUGUCGAGAGUCGUCCUGUCCCUAAACACGUCUCCUCUCUGGACUUCCUGGAUCUGAUCCCAGGCCACGCCUACACCAUCACCAUCCAAUCACUGAGCGGGAAGCUGACCAAUACAAACACGGUCACCGGUAGAACAGCUCCAGCCAGUGUCACCGCCCUGCAGGCGGAUAAUGACCACACCACCCACAGCCUGACCGUCAGCUGGGAGCGGCCGGUGGGCGUGUACGACAGCUACAGUCUGCAGCUGCUGGACGAGGCCGGCGCCAUGGCGGCCAAUCGGUCGGUGUCAGUGGAGAGUCGCAGCGAGCGGUUCGAAGGUCUGACCUCAGGGAAGCGUUAUAGUGUGAGGCUGGUGACGCUGAGCGGCGGCGUCCCGUCUCUGGAGGCCACAGCGGACGGACAAACACGUCCGGCUGCAGUCAGUAACCUCACGGUCACGUCGGCCAACACCUCCUCGCUCUCCUUCUCCUGGCGACCUUCAGACGGCCACGUCGAAAUCUAUGACCUGUCGCUCUACAGCGUCGCCGAGGCAACAGCCAAUCACAGGCCGGAUGCUGCAGGGAGCAGGAAGGAGCAUCACCAGGGUCUAGGGGACCCGGUGGACCUGCAGAAGGUCGGCCCGACCGCAGACAGCUGUGUGUUCUCCGGACUGAGAGCAGGAAGUUUGUACAGGCUGCAGGUGGUGAGCUGGAGCAGAGGCAUGAACAGCGACUCCUCCGUCCUCGCCAGAACUGUCCCGUCUCCAGUUUCGUCUCUUCUGGUUCAGAGCUCAGGACGGACGGACAGACUGACGGUCAGCUGGCAGCACGGCGAGGGGAGCUGGAGCGGCUAUCAGGUCGUACUGUACGAUGUUUUUGGAGCCACGCUGGGAGCUCAGACGCUGGGGGCGGAGCACAAGAGUCACGUGUUCCCCGGCCUCACACCUGGUAGGCUGUACCGCGCUGAGGUCAUCACACACAGCGGGGAGCUGACCAAUAGUGUCUCAGCUUUUGGGCGCACCUCUCCAGAUCCUCCCACUCACCUGUCCGUCAAACAAGGCCCAACCAAUGAGACGAUAGCACUGUCGUGGUCUGGUCCCGCCUCCGGGGACUACGAUAACUUCAGCCUUCAGUGGACUCCUCCUGACCCCCUGUCAAUCACACACACUCAGCUGACCGGGUGCGUUGUUGGUGACAUGUUUCCGGGGCGACAGUAUAACUUCACCUUGAUGACCAUGAGCGGGGGCGGAGCCAGAGCCGGGCCAACAUCGAGGAGUGAGCCAAUCCAGAGGAGCGUCAGGACAAGUCCCUCCCCUCUGAAGUCCAUCCACUGCUUCCCCCUCUCGUCCUCCUCCCUCUCCUGCUCCUGGUCGCCCCCCCUCUCCGACUUCGACUCCUACGAGGUCAAGUGUCGCCGCCACGACAACGGGGAGCUGACCUCGGUGCUGAGGUUGGCUGGGGGCGUCUCCGCGGUAACGCUGGACCACCUGGAGGCGUACAGGAAGUACUCUGUGACCGUCAGGGUGUCGUCGGCCGGACAGACGAGUCCACCGGCAACACACACCACCGUCACCAUGAUAGACCGUCCUCCGGUCCCGCCCGCCAGCGUACGUGUCAGCGAGAGGUCAUCGAAGGUGACGUCGUCCUCCAUCUUGUUUCGCUUCAACUGCUCCUGGUUCAGCGACGCCAACGGAGCCGUGCGAUACUUCGCUGUGAUCGUGGCCGAGUCCGACGCCAAUGAGCUCCUGCAGCCGGAGCAGCGCCACCCUCUGCCCUCCUACCGCGACUACAUCAGCAACUCCUCCGUCAGAGCCUAUCAGACGGCGUACUUCCCCAGCCGCUGCCCGCAGGACACAGAGGCCUCUGCUGGACAGGUGGUGGAGGUGAACCUGGGGGCAGGAGGGGACCGACUGGGCGGCACCUGUGAUCAUUACCAUGACGACGACCUCUAUCUGAGCGACAGCUACGGCGACUUCUGUGACGGACCACUGAGAGCCAAAACAUCGUACAGGCUCAGUGUUCGAGCCUUCACCAGACUGUUUGACGUGAACCACAGUGAGUUUCCUCAGCCGCUCUUCUCCGACACCUUCCUGUCCGCACCGCUCAGGACACAUGCAGAGCCUCUAGGUGGCGUCGUGGAGGGUUUGAGCGCUGGGAUGUUUCUGAUCGGUAUGAUGGUGGCCGUCGUCUCUCUGCUGGUUUACAGACAGCGGCUUCGCAAAGUGGCUGUGCAGGAGAACCCGUUGGUGAGGAUGAGUAUGUGGAAAGAGGUUCCAGCUUCAGGCAUAUAUAUGGGCGUAAGGAGCAAUCGUCGGGUCACCAGUCCCAUCAAAGCCUGUCACUUUGAGUCUCACCUGAACAAGCUGCAGGCCGACUCCAACUACCUGCUGUCUGAGGAGUUCGAGGAUCUGAAGGAUGUGGGUCGGAACCAGACCAUGGACGUCGCCCGGGUGCCAGAAAACCGAGGAAAGAACCGUUACAACAACAUCCUGCCAUAUGAUUCUACCAGAGUGAAGCUGUCGUACCUGGAGGAUGAUCCCUGCUCCGACUACAUCAACGCCAGCUACAUACCUGGGAAUAACUACCGCAGGGAGUACAUCGCCACCCAGGGACCGCUGCCCGGCACCAAGGAUGAUUUCUGGCGGAUGGUGUGGGAGCACGGCGUCUACAACGUUGUCAUGGUGACGCAGUGUACGGAGAAAGGACGGGUGAAGUGUGAUCAGUACUGGCCCGCAGACAGAGAACCUCUGUACUACGGAGACCUGGUCAUUCAGAUGCUGUCAGAGUCCGUCCUGCCGGAGUGGACCAUCAGAGAGUUCAAGAUCACCUCGGAGAGCAGCCGCAGUUACCCUCGGGUGCUGCGUCACUUCCACUACACCGUGUGGCCCGACCACGGAGUCCCAGAGAGCACCCAGUCCCUGAUCCAGUUCGUCCGGACGGUCCGGGACUACGUGGACCGCUCACCGAGUACUGGAGCCACCGUGGUGCACUGCAGUGCUGGUGUUGGACGAACAGGCACCUUCAUCGCCUUGGAUCGGGUUCUGCAGCAGCUGGACUCUAAAGGAACCAUCGACCUGUACGGCUGCGUGUUCGACCUCCGCCUGCACCGCCAGCACAUGGUCCAGACCGAGUGCCAGUAUGCCUUCCUGCACCAGUGUGUACGGGACGUCCUGAGGGCCAGAAAGCAUCGCAGUGAACAGGAGAACCCUCUUUACCCCAUCUACGAAAACUUCAACCCUGAGUACUGCCGAGAUUUCAUGUACACCGGACGUUAGACAAGACGAUGACGUCCAUCUGAUGGAGAGAGAGGAAACUUUUCUCCGUUGACUCACUCUGACGUUAUUGAAAUGAUGUUGCGUUAACAGAGAACGUGAACUACACACCGGACGAAGCAGGGAAAAAUCAGCCAUGUGUAAAGUAAAAGGAAACACAGAUGAUAUGAUGUGAUGCUGUCAGUAUUUUACCAGUGAAACUGAUUUUUCUCUCCAGUUCUUAAAGUCAAUUUUUAACUGUGUAUCACUUCUUUUACAUCAACCUCCUGACCUCUGUCAGAGCAUCAGUGUGAAGAGUUUAUGGGAGUUAAACACCGACAGAACUGCAGCAAAUCAAUUGAAGCUUUGAAAAACUGGUGACUCCAGUAAGGAGCGUUACAUGUUUACUGGGAUUACAGGGAAGCUUGUUCAUUGGCUACUACUCUACAGUUGGUUUUGUCCUUUGUUUGACCUGUUGGUGACUUUUCAACAAAAUUAAAACAAAUAAUGAUGGAGACGGAUUUUACUCGCCUAAAAACUUAUUAGAAUCAUGAUAAUAAAUGUGGUCAAUGGGUUUUCUAAAGUGUUGAAGGUGGGGGUGGGGUUCAGUAGCAUUUUAUUCAAUCUGAAUCUAUUGAUAAUAAAUAAAUAAAUAAAUAAAUAAAGAUAGAACUUGAUAUUUAGAAUCUAGUUUUCUCUAAUCACGUUAAUUACCAGACAAGCAUCACACUGACAUUAAUAGAAACUACAGUUAUAAAACCUAAACCGUGGACAUUCGAAUGUGAACGAAGGAUUAAAUCAGGAAGUGGUUGUCCGCUGUGUUUAACACACCGGGGCAUUUUACCAACUUGGAACCGGAUCCCAAACAGAACCCGGCUAUCAGAACCCAUCCCCAGUUAAAAAGGAAACACAGGUUAAUCUCAGGUCGUUGGCGUUAAAGUGGUUAUUAACAACAAAUCUGACGUUAGCAGUGAUAGCUCCGCAGCUGUCCUCAAUACAAACUGAUCACAGGGAAGGAAAGAGCCAUCUAUUUUUUAUACCCUUUAUUAUGACUGUAUGUUGUCACUCACUCAUCCAUAUAAGCUGUUUAUUUAAAACGUUACACAUAUUGCUGUAUGUAAAUAUUGAUGUAAUACUCUUUUUUUUAUAUGAUAAUGAAUACAUACUGUAUGUUGACAAUUUUAAUGCUGGGUAAUAUUUAGAUAUUUCAACCAAUUAUAACCUGCUUUGUUCAGACUUACAGUAACUACUGCUUUUAAUCAAAGGAAGAAAAGUUUGAACCGUUCACCACACUAGUCACACUUUCAUAAAGUCGUUCACAGAUUGUCUAAAGUUAACACGGAAAAUUAAACUGGAAGUCUGAAUAUAAUGCGGGAACUCUGUUUUUAAAAUGCAUCAAUAAUUGACGAGUACAGUUGUAAAAUUGGAUAAAAAUAUUUGCUUUGCUGAGAAAAUAUCUGAGAAAUGUGAUUUUUUUUUAAAUAUAUAUUUGAAAAGAAUUGAAAGUUCACAUUUGAAAUUCAAACAGUAUCAAACAUUUAUCCCUCUUUUAGGUUUUUAAUGAUUUCUGCUCAAACGAGAUGUUUUUAUUGAUUUAUUUCUAAAGGACAUAAUGAUCAUUGGUUUUGAAUUUCUGAAAAUACAGGGCUGGGCAAUAAUUCAAUAUUGGUUUUCUUUCAGUGGAAACAUUGUUAUUAUUAAUAUUAGUAGUAGAAUUAUAAUAUUACAAAAAUCUAAUGUCCAAAUUAAUGAUUCCAGGCAAAUUGAACUGAAAAUCCUAAUUAAAUUAGUUAUUAAAGGUUUUGAUGUGAUACAUAAAACCAUUUUGAUUAUUUUAAUGUAUGAUUUUACAUAUAUCUGUUAUAUUAUGAUAUUGAUUGAAGUGAUAUCACCCAGCCCUGAGUGAAUGUAUAAAGCAGUUUUUAUGACUUGCUGUCAGAUCUCUGUAAACUGGAAUAUAAAGAUCAUUAAAAAAAAUAGCUGCCAAACUACA